AUGACCCCAAUACGCAAAACCAACCCACUAAUAAAAUUAAUUAACCACUCACUCAUCGACCUCCCCACCCCAUCAAACAUCUCUGCAUGAUGGAACUUCGGCUCACUUCUAGGCGCCUGCUUAAUCAUCCAAACCAUCACUGGACUAUUCCUAGCCAUACAUUACUCACCAGACGCCACUACCGCCUUUUCAUCAAUCGCCCAUAUUACUCGAGAUGUAAACUACGGCUGAAUAAUCCGCCACCUUCACGCUAACGGCGCCUCAAUGCUCUUUAUCUGCCUCUUCCUACACAUUGGCCGAGGCUUAUACUAUGGCUCAUUCACCCACUUAGAAACCUGAAACAUUGGUAUUAUCCUACUGUUUAUAACCAUAAUAACAGCCUUCAUAGGCUACGUCCUCCCAUGAGGCCAAAUAUCCUUCUGAGGAGCCACAGUAAUUACAAACCUAUUAUCCGCCGUCCCAUACAUUGGAACAGACCUAGUCCAAUGGGUCUGAGGGGGCUACUCAGUAAAUAGCCCCACUCUAACACGAUUCUUUACCCUUCACUUCAUACUACCUUUCAUCAUUACAGCUCUAACAACCCUUCACCUCCUAUUCCUUCACGAAACAGGAUCAAAUAACCCCCUGGGAAUCCCCUCCCACUCCGAUAAAAUCACUUUCCACCCCUACUAUACAAUUAAAGACAUCCUAGGCCUACUCCUUUUUCUCCUCGCCCUAAUAACAUUAACACUACUCUCACCAGACCUCCUAAGCGACCCAGACAACUACACCUUAGCUAACCCCCUAAGCACCCCACCCCACAUUAAGCCCGAAUGAUACUUCCUAUUCGCCUACGCAAUCCUACGAUCCGUCCCCAACAAACUAGGAGGUGUAAUAGCCCUCAUGCUAUCUAUCCUAAUCCUAACAACAAUCCCCGCUCUCCACACAUCCAAGCAACAGAGCAUAACAUUCCGCCCAUUAAGCCAAUUCCUAUACUGACUCUUAAUCACCGACCUCCUAGUUCUCACCUGAAUUGGAGGACAACCAGUAAGCUACCCCUUUAUUACUAUUGGCCAAGUAGCAUCCGUACUAUACUUUACCACUAUCCUACUCCUUAUACCAACCUCUUCCCUGAUCGAAAACUACAUACUCAAAUGAACCU